AGAAGCCUGCGCGAAAACAGCGUGAGCCCUGUGCCUUGUCCCACCUGGGCCAGCUGCUCUGGGGAAUGUGAAUGGUCUGCGGCGGCGGCGGCGGCGGCAGGGAGGAGGCUGCUGCUGUGAGUAGAGGUCUCGCGAGCCCCUCUCAAGUGGGGCUCAUUUGGGGAAGGGGGCUCUAGGGGAGGGGCUUCUUCCAGCAGAGCCUUGCCCCCCCCUUACUUGGCGACCCUCCUUACCUGCUGGUAGGAGGGGGGGAUACACGCACAAAAAUAGGGGGUCUAAAGGGUCUAAUUGCUAGGUUGCAAUUAAGUAGGCUUGCUUUUGGAACUCAGUGGAGGCUGGGGGCUCGCAGUCUUAUAUAUCUAUAGUUGCACUGUUUUCAAAAACGAAUUAAUAAUAAUAAUAAUAUUUAAUUUACCAGUCGCUUUAUUUUGCAACCCAAAGUUGGUCCUUGGGAUAGCUCAGUCGGCAGAGCAUGAAACUCUUAAAUCUCAGGGUCGUGGGUUCGAGUCUCACAUCGGGCAAAAGAUUCCUGCAUUGCAAGGACCAGCUGACCCUCGUGGUCCCCUUACAACGCUACUUUUGCAUGAUGCACCCCAAGCGUAUAUGGGGGUGGGGUGUUGCUUUCCCCUGCUCCUCCCCAUGGUGCUUUGUUUUGGGCUGCCAGUUGGUUCUGACUCUCCAGCCUAAUCGUAUGGAGUCCGGACAUCACCCUGCAACAAGGAGUGAGCAGGGAAGACUUUUGCAACUCAUAGACUUGUAGGGGUAGAAAGGGCCAGGAGGGUUAUCUCGUCCAGCCCACUGCAGUGCAGGAAUCUUUUGCCCAAGGUGUGUCUCGAAUCCACAUCCCUGAGAUCGAAAGUCUCAUGCUCUACCCUUUGCUCUUGGUCAUUUUUCAUUUCCUUCUAUAGGAACAGCUCUGCUAGAUCAGGCCAGCGGCCAUCCAGUCCUGCAGCUCGUGUUCACAUUAUCCAACCAGAUUCCUGUGGGAAACCAGGGAGCAGAACCAUGAGCACAAGAGUAUUCUCUUUUCCUGUGGUUUCCAGGAGCUGCAUUACUUCCUCCAUCUGUGGAGGUGAAGCAUAACUAUGGUGGCCAAUAGGAAUUGAUAGCUCUUUCCUCCACGGAUUUUCCCCAAUCCUCAUUUAAAGCCACCCAAGUUUGUGGCAUCCCUGUCUCUUGGGGGACACUGGAGGACAUUGUUCAUGCCACCCCCUCUCUUGCCACACGCUGCUGCAAGGGUGUAACGGUUGAAGAAUACCUAGUGUGGUUUGAGAGGCAUCAGAUAGACAUCCUUGAACUGUUAGUCUUGCAAACUUUGAUGUGUGAGCCCAAAGUGAUUUCCGCUGCAGUUCUCUGCUGCUAAGUUAAAAUGUUGGAAAGUGUGUGCUAACUUCUUAGAUUAUAAGGAUAGGGGAGGCCAGAGCUUAGUGGCAGAGCAUGUGUGUUGCAGGCAGAUGGUUUCUGGUUCAGUCCUUGGCGUCUUCAGACAAAAGGAGCUUAAAUAACAGGUCUGGGGGAAACCCCUGUUGAGCUGCUGUCAGACUUGUUAAUACUGUCCUAGGCUGACUAAGCAUCUCCAGUUAAGAUACGCCAAACCUGGGAAAUUGAAAUGAAUCUGCAUUUUGUACUACAUGCAAGGUGUAUUAUUCUUUUGUAGUAAUUUUGGAAGCAGAUAUUGUGUGAUUUGUGAGGUUUUCAUACAUAUAUCUGUUGAACAGUAUGAAGUUCUGGUUCCUUGGCAACCCUCCUGCCUUGCUGGCCUGGUGUCAUGUUAAGUAACAUGAAAUGCUUCUGCCAAAAACAAACACUUAAAGAAAAUAUAGUUGCUUCUAAAGGGGAAGUGUAGUAGUUAAGAAACUGAGUUAUGAAUCAGGGAGCCUGUGGUUUGAAUCUUGCCGCUGCCAAGCUGGUGUCCUUCCAGAUGUGCCAUACUACAACUCCCAACAUCCAUGCUCACUGUGCCUGAUGGGAGUUGUAGUCUGACACAUCUGGAAGGAAGGGCACCAGGAUGGUGAAGACUAGCAUAGGUGGUCUACAGUAUGAGGUCUAACGAUAUAAGAUUCCCUGAAAGGUAAGUCAAUAAGUAUUGCAGCUAGAUAAUGCCCUUUGAGCAGUUGAAAGCAACCAUUUAUUAAAGUUGGCUAGGGGUGUAUUUGAAGGCUGGGGAAGCUGUGGCCCUCCAUGUUGUUGGACUACAACUCCCAUCAUCCCUGACCAUUUGCCAUGCUGGCUGAUGGGAGUUGGUGUCCAACAAGAUCCGGAAGGCCAAAGGUUAUAUAUUUUUGUCCUAAGUCUCCCCAUACAAUUGAUACCAGAACGAGGGUUGCAGUUCAGUGUUCACUACAACCUAACCAUACUUUUUGCCCACAUCCUUUCUGUGAAAGAUACACCUGGUAGAAUUCACAGCUUUGCACUUCAACCUCGUUUAAGAAAAGUGGACACGGGUGGCGCUGUGGUCUAAACCACUGAGCCUCUUGAAAUAUGAUUAUGACUGUGACAUGGUUCUAUGAAAUAAUGAUAUUGGAAACUGCUACAUAUAAUUACUAAGAAAUUCAGAUGGAAGAGAUUUGAGGAAGUCAAAUAAUAUGUUUAUGAAGAUGGAUUUUAAUUAGUUAAUUAAAUGUUAUUGUAGUGAUGAUUUGUUUUAUUUUAUGUUCUAUAUUAUUUUUUCUUUUUCUUUUUUCUAUUUCUCUCUUUUUCCUUUAUUAUUGUUAAUUUUUUCUUUUGCUAUGUUUAUGUAUGGAAAAUAAUAAAUAUUAUUGUGAAAUAAACCACUGAGCCUCUUGGGCUUGCCAAUCCAAAGGUUGGUGGUUCAAAUCCACAUGACAGGGUGAGCUCCCGUUACUCUGUCCCAGCUUCUGCCAACCUAGUGGUUCGAAAGCACAUCAGUGCAAGUAGAUAAAUAGUUACCGCUGUGGCAGGAAGGUAAACAGCAUUUCCAUGUGCUCUGGCUUCCAUCACGAUGUUCUGUUGUGCCAGAAGCGGUUUAGUUCUGCUGGCCACAUGACCCGGAAGCUGUACACUGGCUCCCUUGGCCAAUAACGUGAGAUGAGCACCACAACCCAGAGUCGGUCACGACUGGACCUAAUGGUCAGGGGUCCGUUUACCUUUUUAACCGUCCAGGGGUCCUUUACCUUUUACCUUACCUUACCUAGUUUAAGAAUAACAUUCCUCUCUCCUUCUCUCUUUCUGUUAUUGGCUCCUCAGAAAGCUGCAGCCAUGGAUAUAUUUGGUGACCUGCGGCGAAUGAACAAGCGCCAGGUAAAAGAAAAGCACAACUACAGUUUGUCUUGUUGCCUGCAAGACCUACCGUAUUUUUCGCUCUAUAAGACGCACCGGACCAUAAGACGCACCUAGUUUUUGGAGGAGGAAAACAAGAAAAAAAAAUUCUGAAUCCCAGAAGCCAGAACAGCAAGAGGGAUCACUGCGCAGCGAAAGCAGCGAUCCCUCUUGCUGUUCUGGCUUCUGUGAUAGCUGCACAGCCUGCAUUUGCUCCAUAAGACGCACACACAUUUCCCUUUACUUUUUAGGAGGGAAAAAGUGAGUCUUAUAGAGCAAAAAAUACGGUAUAUAUGUAUAAACCUUUAUAAAAGCAGUUGCAUAUUUAAAAACAGCAGGCCAUCCAACCACUGUUUAAAAACCUCUUUGGGAGGUUGUAGACUCUCCUUCAUUGGAGGUUUUUAAACUGAGGCUGGGUCUAUCAGUUGUGAUUCCUGUCUUCCUGGGGGUUGGACAGGGGGUUCAUGAUGUUUGGGUUAUUCCUACCGAGAAACUGAGUAUAGCUGGCUUAAACUAGUUCUGUUAUCUCUUCUGUCACGGUCAUGCUGACUAUAAUAAUAGGCCAGAAGGAGCCUGGGCUUCACUUCCUCUUUCAAGCUCUUUUCCUUCUGGUGUUGUGUUCUGUAUACAGUGUUAAGGUUUAGUCUUAUUUUAAGUUUAAUUUAAGUCUGCUGCAACUGGAUUUCUAUGGACAGUGCCAACCCUGAAUGUAUUGGAUUUGUGACCAUUAUGCUCAUUUGCCUUCAGUAGCAGUAAUGCUCUGCUGGAUGAAAUACAAUUACCUCUGGUCUAUUUUCUGAGAAUCCUGCAACGUGUUUAAGUUGUUAUUCAGCUAACUAUACAAAUAUAUGUAUUCCAAACUAUACAUUGGAUUCUACUCUGGAUCAAUAUUGAGCAGAAUUCCAUGGCAGGUUUCUCAUUCUGGAAAACAAGAGCUGAAAAGGGUUUGUUUUUCUACUCUUCAGAGUUCCAGUUUCUUUCCUUUCAUCCUCCAUAUUUAAAAUCGGUGGGGUUCUCCUCACAGCUGCCCCAAAGCAUCUUAGGAGCAAAUAAAUGCGGACCCCCCCCCCUUUCGUCAUACAGGAUGCUGAGAGAUAAAAUAAGGAAGCCUGGAAGUGCUUGGGAGGAGAAUGUUUUGAUGGAGGAGAGUUGUUGGGGGUGUGCAAAGAGGAUGUAGAACGCAGCUUUUCCUUUUUUUUUUUACAUUUCUGGUCUCUCUUCGGGUGGGUGGGUGAUUGAUGAAAGGAUGAUUCAUCCAACCCAAUUGGUGUCUUAAGAAUGUAAGUCAAGUGGAGCUUCCUUUUUGAGGUUAAGCAGUUAUGACACUUCUUCCACCACCUGCCCAGCAUAUAAUCCAAGUGUACAUUUCACUCCCCACGUCUUGGCUGGAGCUUUUUGUCAGCUUUGUGGCGUCAUGGGGAAUGUGGGGUGAGCCUCACACCGGCAAGAGCAGUUUGCACGACGGCUUCACUGCAUGUCAAAAUCACAGAUCCACUUGAGCACCUAGUCUAGGGAAGGGCUAACUUAUAGGAACACCAGAUCAGGUUGCUGCACCAUUGAGGUUAGUAUUAUCUACAAUGACCGGCAGCAGCUGGCCAGAGUUUCCAGUAGGGACAUUCCCAGCUUUCCCUGGACAUGUCAGGAAUUGAACUGGGCCGUUCCAAAUAAUGUUUGUAUUCGACUUCCUGACAGUAAGAGCUGUUCGACAGUGGAAUUUGCUGCCAAGGAGUGUGGUGGAGUCUCCUUCUUUGGAGGUCUUUAAGCAGAGGCUUGACAACCAUAUGUCAGGAGUGCUCUGAUGGUGUUUCCUGCUUGGCAGGGGGUUGCACUCGAUGGCCCUUGUGGUCUCUUCCAACUCUAUGAUUCUAUGAUUCUAUGACUAAGCUAUGCUCAGGAAAGAACCAUUGAAAGUGAAUGGACCUUUCCAUCUCCAUUAAUUUCACUGGACGGUAUCUUAGAGGGUGCAACAGUCAAUUUAACCCACAAGUAGGAAUGAACAUAUAGGCAGCAGAUAACACUAAAUAAAUGAACAUUUGAGACAAAAAUGGGUGAAAUAAUAGAAUAUGCAGCCAGCAGAAGACUACCUAGAAUGCCAUGGAGAGGUGGACUGGGAAGUCUAAGGAUAAGGGAUAAAUGAUGGAUAUUGUAUGAUGUAUAUAUAUAUAAGUUGUAAAAAUGCAUAAGCAACAAAAACCAAUAAUUUCAAUGGACGGUGUCAAUAUGAAGUACUUCUGCUAGUGCAAGGUUUUCUUCUUGUGCAACAGAACUUCCUCUCCGCCUCUUGGUUCCCUCACUAGAUUUGCUUUGUAGGGUUGGGGUAACUUCCAGAACAGUUUUUUUUUUGGGGGGUGACGGCGUAUGGGCAGAGGAGAAGGGAAGGUUCAGUUGUUCAGCCCCAAGUCCUUGUGCUAAUGGAACUAAUUCACUAGACACCACCCAAUGGGUGAUUUUAUAUUGAUUGAUCAUUUAAUUUCUGUACCACUUAAUAUAUUUAAAAUAUCUCUAAGAGGUGGUACCCAAAAAACUGAAGCAGCAACAGACAUCAUGCAACAGACAUCGUAAACAAAAUAUUACAAAAGCGCACGGUUACAUAUAAAAAUGUAACAUUAAUAAAAAGCUUUAUCUAUAAAUCAAUAUCCAUUUGUUUUCCUUCUGACACACCCUCCCUUUUAGCCACCAUGUUCUCACCCAGGGUCCAAACAAACUCUAGCUCAGCUGCUUUUUAUUGUGUUGUGUUUUUCUCUCUCUCUGUGUGUGUGCUUUUUUUAAAAAAAAUAAUACUGUAUUAUUUUAACUUUUGUGAGCAGAGUACAUAUGUUUCUGGGUGACCACAAUAAAUCAUGGAGGGUGAAGAAAAAAAAUGUUCUAGUUUAUCUCCCCCCACCCCAACCUCUGCCUUUGAACAAUUUUACCGGUUCUGAAAGAAGCCAGGAAAUGAGGCCAUCCUUUGGGUUCCUUUUGAGCACUGCACAGCUGCCUUGUGCAGGCAGGUGAAAUCUGAGUGCCCUACUUUCCCCUCUGCAUUGAUCUACUUUCCCCCUCUCUGGGGAGGGCGGCAGUGUUGUGGUCAGUGCACCCCCCUUCCCGGCAGUCUGUUUUUGAUUGCCCUGUUUUGUGCAACCCCACCAAGCCGCCUGUUAUAAAGGCACGGCGCCCUGGGGAGCCUUCACCUCUGUCGAAGAAGCUCAACGUGUGCCUGUUGAAGAUAAAAAGAUCCUACAGUAUUUACAUCUCAGAAUGUGCCUCCCCUUUCCUUCCUGGAAGCAAACAAUCUCGACCGUUAAUAGGUUUCUGCAUUGGUUUGGUUCUUUCAAGACUAGCCGCUGUGGCCAUUUAUGUUUCUGUGCAGUAUAAUAAUCUCUCCCCCUCCCCAAACAUAGAAGUGGGGGUCACUGUGACUUGUAGAGCUGUAAAAGCACAAAUGUGGGUUACUGGAGUCCAGUCUUAUCAGGAGAUUCCCUCGCCCUGGCACCUCCUUUCACACUUGCUUCCUCGUUCCUUAAAAGUGUUUGGGCUCUGCCAUUCACACCCAAGCUAGUUUCCCCAGCUCUGGAGCUGGAGCAAUCCCUCUUAAGCCCAGUGCAUUCUGUGCUAGUGCCGCCUGUGCUGCUAUAACAUCAGGAAAUGAGAACCCUGCUGGCAUCUGUUGGCUUGCUUGUUUAAUCUCAGGUUUUUGAUCUGCUGUUUCCACUUAUCACAGCUCUUCCCUUCCUUACAGCUCUAUUACCAAGUCUUAAAUUUUGCCAUGAUUGUGUCUUCGGCGCUGAUGAUAUGGAAAGGCCUUAUUGUUAUCACUGGGAGUGAGAGUCCUAUCGUUGUAGUGCUCAGGUAUGCCUAUGUUAAACCAAAUCUGUUGCUGGGUUAGCGAGUGACCCAUAGCUUAUGCCCUGUUCCGCUCCUAAAAUAGUAUCUGCAGAUCUUGGAAGGAGACCAGGAUGUGUGGUUUCUGCAACUGUUGUCUGUCUGAUGUAUAUCCCUAGUUAAGCUUAUUCAACCUGUGCAUCAUGUACCAUUUUUUUUUUUAAAAAAGGCCCAAAAUUAUUUACAACCAAAGUAAAAAGUACAAUAAAAAUCACAUAAGCUUGAUUAAAAUCAGAUUUAGCCCCUGCCUAUGGAAUGCUCUCAGUCAGUCAUUUUAUUUGUAUGUUGCCUUUCCAGAGUUAAAACCAUGCUCAAGGCGGCUUGCAACAUAUAAAAAAAUACACAACUGCAAACACAACAAAAGUAGUAAUAAACAAUAAAUGUAACAUCAAGAUGUACACAACCAAACUGAGCAAUUUGCACAUAAUUUUUUUAUUUAAACAAAAUAAAUAUGCAAAAAAAUUAACAGCAGCACUCCCCCCCCCCCCAACAAAGACCCCAAACAACACUGCAGCCCAAGAGUCUGUUCAGCAGCCUCAGCUUUUGUAGCUAGAGUCAGUCAGGGCGCCCCCCCCCCCCCAGCCAGGUGGGAAAAGUCCUGCAAGGCAGGGAGCAGGUUGAGCAAGGAUUCCAAGUCUCGCAGCCAAGGGAGGUCUGCCAGACACCAACCCUUGUCGUCAUUUCAUUUCCAGGCAAGUACAUUUGAAAUGUAUUUGGGCAUUGUGGGAUAUAGUGCACCUUGGAAUGUGAAAUACGUCACCUGUCGAAUAUCAGGGUAUGGCUUCAAUAGCCUGUGAACAUAACUGAUUUUUCUUCAGUUACCACUGUAAUAGUAAUUUUUAAAGAAGAAAUCUAGUACCAAGCUUCCUCCCCAACAGAAGAAUGAUAUCGACUUUUUAAUUCCUGUUUCUCUUCUUCCCUUUAUAGUGGCAGCAUGGAGCCAGCCUUCCACAGAGGAGAUCUGCUGUUCCUAACAAACUUCCGGGACGACCCCAUCAGGGCCGGGGAAAUAGUGGUUUUUAAAGUCGAAGGCAGAGAUAUUCCGAUUGUACACAGAGUAAUCAAAGUUCACGAAAAGUAAUGGCAAAAACAAUUCAGUGCUGUCACUGGUGUAGUCAUUUUGCUUGGCUGUUAGAAUGUAGAAUGCUUAGAAGGAAUGGAGAUUUGCAUUUGAAGUGAAAUGGGGAGGGUGAACUGGGCAGGAAAUACUUGGGCUAAAUGAAGCUAAAUGUACAUUCCUUAAUUUUUAAAAAAGGACGUAUUUGGUGCAUGUAUGUAUUGAAUGAGUGCUGUCAAUGCAGUCAGCCUCAGCUCUCCAAAUUACUGGGCUUUGAAAGCACCUGCAGUACUUUCUUUCACUCUGCAGCUGUUCAACCGCUUUUUAAAACAUCAGCUCCAUAAAGUGGUUCAUCACAGAGGACUGCAGACGAAGGGGUUCCUUAAUGCAAAUGUACAAGCUCUGGGAAAGGAGGUCAUGACCUUUUUGCUCGUCCCCAGGCAUUCUGCUGCUUCCCUGUACUGAGCUAAGCCAUGGCUUUGCUUAGUGUGUGGUUCAAACCUGGGCUUGUGCUCCAGACUUAAUCACGAGCUGAAACCAAUGUUAGGAACAUAGGAGGCUGCCUUACACCAAGUAAAACUAUUGGUCCAUCUAGCAGACUUAAUGUACACUGACUAGCAGCGGGUGCUGAGGGGUUCAGCCGGGGAGUUUGCCCCUGUGGUUUGCACCACCAGACCUUUUGGAUCACAGCUUCCCUCUGCCCCAGCCAGCAUGGCCAGUGAUCAGGAAUUAUGGGAGUUGUGGUUAAAAGAUCCCUGGGCAGAACACAAUCCCAGGCUUCUGCCUCUAGCCCAGAGAAUGUAAGUCUGGUUGCUAUUCCCUCAAAGCUUUUCUGAAUUGAAACAACCUCUUUCUUGGACCCCAGAUUUCUUGUUACUUUCCCAUGUUCAGGUGCCUGUUUUCCAGAUCAAGAAACACCCUUAUUUCUCUUUAACCACAUUAGGGCAGGCAUCUAGUAACUAAACAGAUAACUCUUUGUUUUGCCCAAAGUAAAUUAUUAACAGCCCAGGGAGAAAUAGGUGCUUAGAUCUGUCAGUAAGAGUCAGAAAUGAAGGUCUCAAUAUUUAUUAAAGGCAGCAGGAAGGGCAGAUUGGUACCUUAUCCGUUCUGUUUUGCAAACAUUCUAAUGGGCGACUUCCAGGUGUGGCUCCACAAUGCGUUUGCCGUCUUGUUGUUUUGGCAGGGAAAACGGCAACAUCAAAUUUCUGACCAAGGGCGACAAUAACGAAGUUGACGACAGAGGCUUGUACAAAGAAGGCCAGAACUGGCUUGAGAAGAAGGACGUUGUUGGCAGGGCACGAGGGUGAGUGUGGCUGCAGGGUGGGCUGUGCUGCCCCUGAAAUGAAGGGCAAUAGGUGGGUGACUUUUGAAAGCAGGGCUGAAGCAAACCUCUUUAGCAGGAGUGGGAAGGCUUUUUCAGAUCACAGACCCCGUUCCUUUCUGGGCUACUACCUGGGGGCAGGCAGGACCCGGAAGAAAAAGCGGUCAGAGCAAAAAGUGUAUUUUUUUAUCAUUGUAUGAAGGUCUAGUUUCUACAACAGGAGUCGGCAACCGUUUUCAGCUGUGGGCUGGUCCACUGUCCCUUAGACCGUGUGGUGGGCCGGACUUUUUUUUUUUUUUGGAGGGGGGGGGAGAACGAAUUCCUAUGCCCCACAAAUAACCCAGAGAUGCGUUUUAAAUAAAAGGACACAUUCUACUCAUGUAAAAACACGCUGAUUCCUGGACCGUCUGCGGGCUGGAUUGAGAAGGUGAUAGGGCCCCCGGGCCUUAGGUUGCCUACCCCUGUCCUACACCCUCACAUGCCCCUCUCCCUCCUGCACCCAGUCAAGCAAGAGGCAUUAUCAGCAUUCACAGACUUAUUUCAGCAAGGGAAAAAUACUCAGGGAGGGUUCAAAGCAGGGCUGGUAAGGAGAGCAGCCUGGGGAUUUUCCUGAGGGUCAGGUAGAAAGGCCUGGAGGGCUGCAUCUUCCUUCCCACCCCUGCUGCAGAGGCAUUCUGUGUAGACUCAGAAUGGACCUCUUAGGGUCAUCUAGUCCAACCCCCUGCAAUGCAGGAAUCUCAGCUAAAGCAUCCGUGGCAGGUGGUCAUCCAAUCUCUGCUUAAAAACCUCCAAGGAAGGAGAGUCCAUCACCUUCCCAGGGCUCUUACGGUCAGAGACUUCCUCCUGAUGUUGAGUUGGAAUCUCCUUUCUUGUAACUUGAAGCCAUUGGUUCGAGUCCUACCCUCCAGGGCAGGAGAAAACAAGCGCUUGCUCUCCAUCUUCCAUGUGACAGUCUUUUAAGAUAUUUGAAGGUAGCUGUCCUCUCUCCUCCCAGUCUCCUCUUUUCCAGGCUAAACAUGCUGAGUGGACUGUUUCCCCCCGUGUCAGAUUUUCGGAUUUCUGUGAAAAAAAAAUCUUUCCAUGCCAGCAUUAGUGAGUCUUAAUUGCACCACCGUAUUUUCCUUUGCCCGUGAAUACUCUGCUCUCAUUUGGACCAUGCAAAGCUUUCUGCAGUGCUACAUAAACUAUUAUCUGUCUUGUGUGUAUUUAUUUUGCUCAAAUCAGCGCUUGUCUCUCUGGAGGGAGGAUGUGGGCUGUUCUGGGCCAACUGAUCCCUGACUUCCUGGCCAUUACAUACAUUCAAAUGGACUGUUCGUUUUCAGCCUUUAUUUAUUCUACUUCUAUCAGUUUUAGCCAUCAAAUUCUCAAACUAUACUAGCCAAAAGGGCUAGAAACCUUUUUCUCCUUUAAUGGUGAAUUCUGAUAUUUGAAGCUCCUGAGGCUUGUACCUGGUCUGGCUUAAAUAUAAAAAUAAAAGCAUAAAAUGCUACAUUAAGUCAGGCUAUUUUGAAAUGACUUUAUGCUAUUCUGUUUAACCUCCACGAAUCAGGUUUUUGCCGUAUGUUGGAAUGGUGACCAUAAUCAUGAACGACUAUCCAAAAUUUAAGGUAAGUAAAGAUUUAACUUUGGGGCCAAUAACUUUUUCGGCAAAGAAGCAAUUCUUUCGCCAACCAGUCUGCAAACUUGCAUGAACAGAUUCCCUGUUAGAGAGAAGAUUGUGCUUGGAAGAUUUUAUCAUGCCUACUUCCUUUUGCCACUAAAGGCUCAUGUUUCAGAUAUGGGAUAAUUUUGGUCUGCACACAGUGGGCUCAAUGCAUUGACGGAUUUAUUUUAUAAAAUUUAUACACCGCUUGAUGGUAAAUAAGAAAAACCAAAUGCUGAUGCAGCGAAAGCCAGUAUCAUUAAAGUGAAUGGGAAUUACGCAAAACUACCAGUCGUCUGUUGUGUAGCUCCCAUUAAUUUCAGUGGAGUUUGUGAAGCAGAGGUCCCUAGCACCCGACUGUCAAUGUACAAAGCCUCAAUUCCCUGAUUUUUUUAAAAAAUAUACUGUACUCAAGGAAAUGUUCGCCUUAUGCAGAUAUCAUUCCCGUUUCAUAUUUCUGAGGGCAGCAUCUUGCUUUGCAUCAAGGAUCAUGCUGGAGAAUUUUUGCGAGCGUGAGUAUUCAAAUAGAGCAGUGUUUUUAUUUUUCCUGUUCUCAAUACGCCACAGAGAAAACUAGCCAUGUGUCACAUUUACAAAUAAGCUUUUUAUUCUUUUUUGUUUUGCUCAACAGAAUGUUUUUAAAUUCCCGACAAUGUUGCUAUAGGCAGUAUUAAAAUAAACCUUGCUUUUGUAUAGCUGUAGAUAUAAUUUCCACACAUAAUUAGUCAUGCGGUAAUACUGUGCGUUCUGUGACUCUGUUAGAUUUCAGUUUUAAUCAUUAUUUGAAACACACCAAGGGUCAAAUAUUAGAUCUCUAAUCAAGUAAGAAUACAUCUACAUGCAUAAGUAUAUGCACUCUUAUUCAAAGCCCCAUGUGCCCUCCAGUGGCGCCCAGAAUUCCUGCUCCAUUCACUUCAGUCAUGAGUGCAGCUUCACUCACACAUAGGGAUGUACAUAGAGUCCAGGUUUAUACAUAAUUGGAAGCCAUAGUUCAUUUAACCAGCCAUGAAUGAAAUACAUUGCUUCUCCAAAGUUAGUCUGUCUCCAGCUUCUUUGUAGUUUAGUGAGCAUCUGGUGGUUGAAUCACUUUUAAGGAUGGGUUCACACAUAACACCAAACCAUAGCUUUUAAAAAAACCAAACCAAACUCAAGGUUCAUGGUUGCAGUUUGUGGUUUGUUGGCAGUGAACAAACCAUAGUUAAGCUUUGGGCAGGAUUUGCACAUAAUGCCGAACCAUGGUUUAAUAGACCAUGGAAUGGUAAACCAUGGUUUAGUGUUAUGUGUGAACCAGGCGAGAGUGAAUUACUCCACUGGAAGGGAUAUUGGCCAGUCGGGAAUCCACGUUCGUUCACAUUGCAGACAAUUUCGACCUAUCCUUUGCUUUUCAGAAACUGGUGCCAGUACUAUAUUGAAAACUUAUUCUGAAACAGGAUCUGAUUUUUGACAUCUGAGAUGCAAAGAGUUAUGUUAGAUACCAAAGUAAUCUAUAUGUUUUGUUUGCAGUACGCUCUCCUGGCUGUCAUGGGCGCGUAUGUCCUCCUGAAACGAGAAUCAUAAAAGACUGAACAUGGAACUGCCUUGCGCAACUCUUGAGCGUAGAUAUACAAAGAGAUACUAAUAUAUUUGAACCGUCCCUGUGUCUGUACAAAAUAUUUCAUGGUCCGCAGACAAUACUGUCCCAAUGAAUUUUCCUGUCCGUGCCACAAUCUUAACCCAUUUUUGUGUGCAUAAGUCCUACUGGUUGCAUCUGAACGAACCUCUAAGUGUUCUUACAACUGGAUCACAAACACUGUCCACUGGUAUUUUGUUUACAAUAUUGUUUUGAGUUUCUUCAUGUUUUCACGGUUGCUUUUCAGCAAGGCAUAUAAAUGGGCAGAAUGACUGGGAGGGAGGGUUCAAUAUCAUGGAAAUUUCAGCGCUCAGGGUGGGGCAGGGGGCUGGUUAAAUGUUCCAGAACUAGGCCAAACAUCUAGGUGAAACAGAUCUUCACUGCAUGGAUAUGGUUGCUUGGAAGCAUUUUAGACAGUAACUCAAUGGCGUUUGAGUCUUGAGUUCCCUUUGGUUAUAUCUUAGCUAAGAAGCCCAUUGAUGAAGUUCUCCCUGUGCCGUUUCAACCCUGUUUCACUAGGUAUUUUUGUCAAGCCACACAUAGUUCAUUCUUGUAAGUAGGUUCACCAAGUAUUCCAGCAUCCUAUCACAAUUCUUCUGAUUAUAUAUAUAGUGGCUCAUUUGUGAGAGGAGACUUUUCUGUCGCAAAAUUGUACUGCUGGACUGGGCUUGUCUGAGAAGAGCAGGUUAAGUUGACAAUCUUGGCUCUCAGUGGCUUGAGAUGAGCUUGUGUUAUUCUCCCAUAGACGAGGAAGAGCCCCCUGCAGAUUCAUCGAGGUGGUUCUGCUCCUCCCUGGGUAGCGCAGUCAUCUGCAUCAUUCUGCCCACGAGAACUUGGACCACACACAAGGUGCAGAUGCAUGAGAAAAUUGUCACCAGUAACCAACCAGGAACAUUCCUGUGUUUGAAGACACCCACACUGGCUUGUGCGAAUUAGCAACAGAUGCAGCUCACGUCUUGCAGUCUGUGGUCCACGAGAUCCUAAACCUCUGGAAGACCGAUCAGGUCCACUCAAGCCUGCUGAGAAGCUGAUGUGGCAUCCCAGGAUUUCAGUGUACAUCACUGAUCUCUCCUUCCCCCAGGAGUAAAGCACUGGGUGAGGAGGAUCAAUAUACUUGCUUACUAAAGAACCCAGAAACUCCACAUUCUGAGCUACGUGACAUGCAGUUGUGCACAUGUGUACAUCUUCUGCAGACUUGCUAUUUCUCUCAGGAGCUGCUUCUUGGGGCAGGGGGAAGGAAUCCCAUAGUUUGGAGGACACUCCAAGGCCCAUCUCUUGAGAAAAACCUGGAUUGGGACCAACCAAAAUGUGGGGAACUUUUGGGUCACCUGGAACUCUUGGUUAGGCAAGAUGUCACCCAAAACUAGGUGGUAGGAUUAAGUUGGAAAGGAAAGGCAAAAUGUUGUCUCCAUGAGGUAAAAUAAAAGGCAUUACCCAACCAAGUUUUUCUCUUAUGGACCAAAACUUUGGCUUUAUAGUGUGGAAAGUGAUGCUGAGGUACGAGUAUUAUGGAUUGCUCCAAGAUUCACCUGUAGAAAUUAAUAGACCUGCAGGAAUGUAGCAUAAAGAGCUUUCUUGUGGGUGAUUUAAACCUGUCCAACAGUUGUGGCUUGUUCCAAAUCUCUCCCGGAAAAUGGCAUUUUGUAUCGGUGCUCAGAAUCUCCGAUUGUUCACACUCUCCCAUGUUAAGAGCGCUCCUCCUGCCCAUUUUUGGCUUUUUACGAUCCCUUCAUGGCCUUAGAGAAGUCACUUUAACAAUGUGAAUAAUAUUUGUGUGUGGGUUUUUUGUUUGUUUUUUUUUAAAUUCUUGAAGAAUACUUUUGCCUUUCUGCAUAAUCACGGUUAUAAAUGUUGUCCGCUCCACGAAUCUGCCUGCCUUUAAAAGUAAAGAAAGUUCACUGUUACGAAGAUUUGUAACAUCUGUGUGAAAGGACCUACAGAGAAGCAUUAAGUGAAAAGUGGAAGUUCAGCUGGGUCUUUGGGACAUGGGACAUAAUAAAUGUGGUGGCCCCAAAAGCAUCUCAUUCAUUUGUCUUAUCAUGCUAUGCAAUAAUAUCAUUAAAGACUUGCUGUCUUGGUCUAUGAU